CCAAGCUGCAGCCUGUAUUUUAUUAUUGAGCCACAACAUACAGUUUAUAAUGGGGGGUAACCUAGCCAUUUCAGAAUUUUAAAGAAAAGUGGAUAGCAAAAAUCAAUUUUCUAUUUUAAAUUGGCUGCUAUAAAGUCACCACGUGAAACAAACUAUAUUUCUGAAAUUUCAAAUUUCUCAACACCGUGAAUAUUUUCAAAUAUCUACCCUACUAGUAUUCUAAUCAUUUAUAUAAAUUGUAUUUAUUUUCAAUUUAUUUCAUUGCAGGCAGAUUAAAGAGAAGAAAUCAUAAAAGGGCUUUACACAAAAGUAUGAUAGAUGGAGCAGGAGAAAAGCCAUUUCCUUGCACUGAAUGUGACAAAUCCUUUGCAGCAAAAAAAAAUUUAAUUUAUCAUCAGAGGAUUCAUACAGGGGAAAAUACAUUUAUGUGUUCAGAAUGUGACAAGAGCUUCUUACGAAAGAGUGAUCUUAUUCAGCAUCUGAGGAUUCACACAGGAGAGAAGCCAUACCAUUGUUCUGAAUGUGAUCAAAAAUUUUCACACCGAAGUUCAUUGACUGAACACAAUAUUAUUCACACAGGAGUGGGGCCAUAUCAGUGUACUGAAUGUGAUAAAUAUUUCAACAACAAAGCACAUCUCACAAAACAUCAGAGGAUUCACACAGGAGAGAAGCCUUUCAGAUGUUCAGAAUGUAACAAGUGCUUCUCAAGAAUAUCCAAUCUUUAUGCACAUCAGAGGAUUCACACAGGAGAGAAGCCUUUCAGAUGUUCAGAAUGUAACAAGUGCUUCUCAAGAAUAUCCAAUCUUUAUGCACAUCAGAGGAUUCACACAGGAGAAAAGCCUUUCAGAUGUUCAGAAUGUAACAAGUCCUUCUCAGUGAUUUCCGGUCUUUAUACACAUCAGAGGAUUCACACAGGAGAGAAGCCUUUCAGAUGUUCAAAAUGUAAUAAAUGUUUUACAAAUAAAUCAAAUCUGACCGAUCACCAGAGGAUCCACACAGGAGAGAAGCCAUUUAGAUGUUCAAAAUGUGCAAAAUGCUUCUCACAAACGUCAAAUCUGAAUCAACACCUAAAAAGACAUACAUAGGGAAGUCAUUUAGAUGUUCAGAAUGUGCUUAAUACAAAAAGAAAAAAUGUUCUUGUGAUCAGAAGACUUACAGGAAAGAGGCUCUGUUCUUGUUCUUAACUACUUAACCUCUGGAAGAUUAACCCCCCUUCAUGACCAGGCCAUUUUUUUUUGCAAUAUGACACUGCGUUACUUUAACUUACAAUUUGU